UCCAACGGUUAUAAAAAUGAAGCGUUUAUAGUCUCUUUGGCCCAAUAUCGGCCUGAUUUUAAGCUCUUAACUUAAAAGGCCUCGUCUACGAAGAAUCAAUCGAGUUUUAGAACUCUAUUGUUUAUUUAUUUAUUACUGCAAAUUCAGGUUUUAACGGGAUCAAAUUCAAAGGCGGUGAAAAGAAAUAUAUUGAAGUCGAUGAUGAAACCCUACCCGUGCUAUUAGCGUUUGGAUUGAAAUUGAAAUGAAGCAAACGGAUUUUUGAAAUUUCGAUAUUCGGAAAUUGGGGAAUCAAAAGCAAUGGGAGGCGAAGAUGUUGACAGGGAUAAGAGUAAGCUAUGGUUGUCUCCAAAUAGGGCUUAUAAAGAGAAAGAGGACGAACCCAAACUGUGGGGAAUUUUCCUCUUUGGCUUAAUUGCCGCCACUGCGAAGUGCGAACACUUGCGCUCCAGGUCGCAAUCAUCAUGGAAAGGUGGUUCUUUAAGAACCCUUCGGGAGGAAGCAUGGAGAAGGUAUAAUCGUAGAAUGCAAGAAGAGUAUGAGGAAGAAAUGAAGAGAGUGAUAAGUUUAUUAUACGAGGAAGAAAUGGAGAGUGGUAAGUUUUUGGUUUAUGUUAAAUUGUUCUCUUUAUUUUACUGUCAUAUUACUUUGUACAGGUCUUGCAACAUGGUUUCCAAAGUGUUAAAUUAGGUUGUUUUAAAUAGUGAAUUGUUAUAGGCAGUUAUAUAUGAUCUUUGAGGGAUUAAUAAGUCAUAAUGUGUAGUAUUUAAUGGUGAAAACUUGUGUCUUGGGAAUUUUUAAAUCUCUAGGAGAUGUAACCCAGCCUCAUGUAGCUAUUUUGUGCCAUCAUUCCCGUGGAAGUUAUCUGUAACGAUUUUUUUCGGAAAUUUUUUUACAUUGGUGCAGAAAGAAUGUGAGUCAGAUGGACGGCAAGUCUUAUGUGCAAUUAUCAUUUUCUUCUUUUAAAAGCUGAGCACAUCACUCUGUUCAGGACUUCCUAUUCCUAGCAAUUUCAAAAGCCAGCACCCACCACCAGCUUCAGCCCUGCUCAUUUUGCUUACUCUCUCCAUACACCAUUAUGAUACCAUCAUAUUAUUAAUUAAUUUCUGCUUCUCAUUGUAGUAGCGAAUAACGUGCAGGAAAAGUGUGUUCAACAGGGAGAGAAACAAAUACAAAAGGAGCAAUGAGAGUUGGAAGGAAAAUGGUCCUGGUG